CUUCGUUCGACUUGGUGGUGAACCGAGGUCUUCUCCACGUCAGAGCGACCUGUAACCCUAUCACAAGCGUCGACAUGUAUUCGGUGCGCUCUUUACGACCAUUGGAUAGAUGCGCGAGCCGCUGUUGCCUGCUUAUACCCCUUGAACGAAGAGCUAUCCAAAUCUCUUCAAGCGCACAGGCCAAUCGACCAAAAUCCUCACCAACCCCUCACCCCUCGUCUUCGCUACUUGUCUCCUCUCCGCACCCUGUAUCGCACAUUCGCCUGCUCCGCUUUAAAGAAGAAAUUGACAGCCUGCCAGAUGUAGAACGCUCUUGGCAGCGACACCGUGAACAUGUUCAACAAUGGCACCAUGAGUUCUGGGAGAGCAACAAUAAACACUUCCAGGAUGCAAAGCUGAGCUUUGAACUUGAAAUACGCAAGACGCAUGAUCGAUUGCCGACAUCCACUGAACUUUCGUCCUUCUACAAAGAGUACUUAAACGCCUCUUACGAACGUCACGCGAGAUAUAACAGCGAUUGGUGGAAAGAGAACACACAAAUGCUUAUUCCUGCGUUCCGCGCGGAGAUGAGCGCGUUGAUGAGAUCGGCAGGCACUACGAUGAUGGCUCUUGACGCAUGGUGGCAAAGGAUGGGGCAUGCGAUUGUGAGGGUGGGGGGUGGUUAUAGAGCACAGGGCGUCACUAUGCGGUGACAAGGGAUCGAUGUAGCUGUUUUCAUUCUAUAGUAUCAUUAUUUUUCUCGUGGCAUCGCACACCCUCUGAUAUUACGUUUUAAUUGAGCACAUUCGGUAGAUAUCUGUCUACCAGCGGACCAUCCGUGCCGUAUCUAUGAAACAUUGGUUUUUCAACGGAAAAUAUAGUAGAUGUUUGGAUAUAGCCGACAGCGGCUGACCUAGUGAACUGUCAGUGUAUGGUUGGCGACGGGGCACCAAUGACGUAUGUAUUAUGUGUGUAUGCCGCAUGCACAUGAAUGUGUUCAAAUAAAUAAGACCACGUAAAACACGGUCGAAGUCAAGCAG